UGAGAAUUCAGUUCAGAAGUCUGUGAAGGCUUUCCCUGGCUCCCUUAGUCCUACUUUAGCUAUCCGGUUUCCAAGACACUGAACACAGCUUUCAAAAGUAUGGCGGAGGCUAAAGGUAGUACAGAGGAGACGCAAGACCUUAAUGACAAAGGUAACUGGAUGAGGGAAAGACUUGCCAGGAGCUGUAAGAUCAACUUUGAUCACGGCCGGAAGCCUCGGAAAGGAUACCCGCUGCCACCUGAAUCUUUGAAAAUCCUCCGUGUCUGGCUUUAUAAGCACCGGUUUAAUGCUUACCCUACAGAAGAAGAGAAGCAAAUGCUGUCCAAGAAGACCAAUUUAUCUUACCGUCAGAUCUCCAACUGGUUUACAAAUGCCCGUAGACGCCUUCUCCCAGUAAUUCUUCAACAAGAUUCAUACAAAAUGAGCUAUGAAGACCAGGAUGCAGAAGUCGCCAAGAAGCAGCAAGCCACUCCAUCCCAGGAGGUUAAGGCACAGCCUAAUGGGCAAGCUAAUAUGCAGAAUCUGCUCCUGCCAAUAUACCAAAACUUUCAAGAGAAGCUACUAUAUCCAGAGUCUUAUCCAAGACAGAAGGACAUACCUGAAGCCCAUUCAGAGGAAAGACACAAGAUUUCCAUCAGUGUGCCUUUGUCUUCUCCACAAUCUAUGUGGGCAGAGCAAACACCGGAUUUCAGCAGCUUCUACAUGCUGGUUGAUGUUGCUGUACAGAAGGCCGCAGAACUGGAAGAGCAGAAGAAACAAAAUCCCAAUCUGUAAUCUCCAUCCACACCCCACUCACCAGUUUGCAUAGUCAGUCCAUUGUACUCCAUUAUACUCAAUCCAAUUUAACUCGCAAUUCCAUCUUUUAACGCCAUCAUUUUCCCCAGUUUUAAGAAACCUUUUCCUUUAUCGCAUCUCAAUUUGUCUGGAUAUGUCAAUGUUUUGUGAAGCAGGUCACCAGCUACGAUUAUCAACUUUAAAAACUUUCUAAAUUUUUUCUCUUCCCCUGGGCUUAAGUUCUAUAUACCUGUUAAUAAACAUCAUGCAAGUU